GGAUCGGGCGGCAGCUACAACUCGCGGAAGGAGGCCGAAGCCAUGCUGCCCGGGGACCCCUUCGGGUCGGUGGGGCGCCGCGCUGCCACCGGCCAGACGUACAGCGAGCGCGUGGAGGCCUACCACCAGCGGUACGCCUACAUGAAGUCCUGGGCCGGCCUGCUCAGGAUCCUCUGCGUGGCGGAGCUGCUGCUGGGCGCCGCCGUCUUCGCCUGCGUCACGGCCUACGUGCACAAGGAUAACGAGUGGUACAACAUGUUCGGGUACUCGCAGCCCUACGGCUACGGGGCCAGCAGCGCCUACGGAGGCUACUCCUACAGUGGACCCAAAACGCCUUUCAUCCUGGUGGUGGCGGGGAUGGCGUGGAUAGUCACAAUCGUGCUCCUGGUGCUGGGCAUGUCGAUGUACUACCGGACUAUUCUCCUCGACUCCAACUGGUGGCCUCUGACUGAGUUCGGAAUUAAUGUGGCCUUGUUCUUUCUGUACAUGUCGGCUGCCAUAGUGUAUGUAAACGAUACGAACCGAGGUGGGCUCUGCUAUUACCAGUUGUUUAAGACGCCGAUAAAUGCAUCCUUUUGCCGUGUAGAGGGAGGUCAGACAGCGGCAAUCAUCUUCUUGUUUGUCACGGUGAUCAUCUAUCUAAUCAGUGCAGUGGUUUCUCUAAAGUUAUGGAGGCAUGAAGGAGCUAGGAGGCACAGAGAAUUAAUGGAACAGGAGAUGAAAACACAGUCCUCCUUUCCAGAAAAGAAGCAGUAUGAAAGUGAUGACAGACCCAGAGAAGAGGUCGCUUACAGGCAGCUUAAAUCAGUGGAAGGAAAACCAGAACUACUUAAUGGUCAUAUACCCGCAGGCCACAUUCCUAAACCUAUAGUGAUGCCAGACUACUUAGCGAAAUACCCAGCAAUUCAAACAAAUGAAAUGAGAGACCGGUACAAAGCAGUAUUCAAUGAUCAGUUUGCUGAGUAUAAAGAACUGUCUGUGGAAGUUCAUGCUGUAUUAAAAAAGUUUGAUGAACUGGAUGCAUUGCUGAGACAGCUUCCUCACCAUCCUGAAAACAUAUAUGAACAGGAAAGGAUAUCAAAAGUUCUGCAAGAAUACAAGAAGAAGAAAAACGAUCCUGCAUUUCUGGAGAAAAAGGAGCGUUGUGAAUACCUAAAGAAUAAGCUUUCUCACAUAAAACAACGAAUUCAGGACUAUGAUAAAGUUAUGAAUUGGAAUGUAGAGACCUAG